GUCCAGUUUCACAGAGGCGCCAGGGAUUAUACAUAGUAGGACAAAGCGCAGGCUUGUCGAUAUGUCAUGGCGCUUCUAGCGAUCAUAUCAGGUGCCACAAGUUGGCUCUAUAAGGCAUAUGAACGUUGAUAUCUCUCGUACAUCCCUGCGUUCAGCGUGCAUUCGCAAGAUAUGAUCUAAGCCUCACCCGCACAGGAUCCGGAUAACAAAUCUAAAUGCUUCUUUCAGCUCCCAUGUUGGUAAAGCUUCCCAUCACUCCGCUUGAUAUAAAAGGCCUGGCCUUCAAUCAACUAUCUGCUCGAAUUGCGCCUGACAUCCAUUUCCCAACGGACAACGACGAACAUGACUGGAAUUGACUUCACCGUCUUCAAAGGUUCCCCCAAUGGAAAUAUAGUUGAGUCAAAAACUCACAAAGAAAGCAUCAAACCAGACGAGGUGCUACUCAAAAUCACCCAUGCUGGCGUGUGCGGUACGGACCAGCAUCACAAGACAUUGGACAUGGUCCUUGGCCAUGAAGGCGUUGGCGUCGUGCAGCAGGUCGGGUCGCAAGUUACCUCAUUCAAAGUUGGCGAUCGUGCUGGCUGGGGAUUCCUCCACAAUUCGUGUGGGCACUGUGAUGAAUGCCUCAACGCAAACGAGAUGUUCUGCCCCGAGAGGGCCAUGUACGCACAUUCAAACACCGACCAAGGUGCAUUCGCUUCCUAUGCGGUGUGGAAGGCAGCUUUCAUCUUCCAUAUUCCCGAUGCUAUCACCUCCUCUGACGCGGCCCCAUUGAUGUGUGCCGGAGCAACGAUGUUCAACUCGAUGUACUCGUAUAAUGUCCGACCUGCAGACCGAGUGGGAAUUGUAGGCGUCGGUGGUCUUGGUCACAUUGCCAUCCAAUUUGCAGCGAAAAUGGGGUGCGAGGUUGUAGUUUUCUCUGGAAGCGGAGGUAAGAAGGAAGAGGCGAAGAGUUUAGGUGCAAGAGAGUUUUACGUCACGAGAGGUGCGAGUAAACUGGAAAUCGGGAAACCGAUUAAGCACCUAUUUGUUACGUCUUCGCGGGUCCCUGACUGGAAUCUCUUCAUCCCGGUUCUGGCGCCAAAUGCCACUGUAUAUCCUACCACUUUUUCUGAGGGGAAUUUGACCAUUCCCUAUUUACCUCUUUUGUCAAAGGGGUUGACGAUUCAGGGAAGCUUUUGUGCAUCGCGUGGUGUCCACGUUAAGAUGCUAACAUUUGCGGCUAUCCACCACAUCAAACCCAUCACUGAAGAGUUCCCAUUGACGGUCGAGGGAAUUGAAGAAGCUAUGGAUAAACUCGACAAAGGAGAAGUCAGAUAUCGAGCAGUAUUAGUGGCUGGGAGAUAAGACUAUCAGAAGCGGGUGGGCUACAAGUGACGAAGUAUUUCAAUUUGUAUUAUCAUCGCCAGAGUAUUUCCAAAGUACUGAUCGAACGUGUCUUUGAGUACAUCAAGAGAUAUUACUCAGUUAACCAGACUGCGGGGCUCCACGCAUUCAUCUAAACGGGGUUUGAC